UUUUGGCAGUAUGGGGAGUGGGAGGAGGUGCGGGUCGAUGACUUGCUGCCAACGCUAGGCAACAAGCUGGUCUACCUCAGCUCCCCUGAAAGAAACGAGUUUUGGAGCUCUCUGCUGGAGAAAGCCUAUGCCAAACUGAAAGGAGGCUACAGAGCUCUGGAAAUGGGUUACCCUCAUGAAGCCAUGGUGGACAUGACGGGAGGAGUGACUGAGGUUUUUAACCUCCCCUUGGUGUCCAUGAACCUGCCAGAACUCCUGAGAAACCUGCUGGCCAAAGGGGCGCUAAUCAACUGUGCCAACGGAAAGGGUCCUCUGGAACAGAAGAACGAGCUGGGAAUCUUGUUCAAACAUGCUUACUCAAUGACCGCAGUCGAGAGGGUCAACACAAGCAAUGGGUUUGUAGAUUUGGUGCGAAUCCUGAAUCCAUGGGGCAACACGGAGUGGACGGGACCAUGGAGUGACAUAAACAGCGGAGAAUGGAGGACAGUGAGCCCAGAGGAGCAGAGCCGACUGAACAGAGUCAGACGGGAGGACGGGGAGUUCUGGAUGUCCGUGUUCGACUUCCAGCUAAACUUUGAUAUGGUGGAGGUGUGUCACCUGACGCAGGCUCUGGGCGAGCCCGGCGCCGGCGUGAAGCCGUGGAACUGCGUCAUGCAUCACGGCGAUUGGGUACCAAACAUCUCAGCAGGAGGAUCUCAUAAAAGCAGCUUGUAUUGGCAGAACCCUCAGUUCCUGUUGGAUCUGACGGAGGUAGACUUUGUACCCGGAAACACUACGAAGACCUGCUCCUUCAUCGUGGCUCUUAUGCAGAAAUAUCAGAGACUCAGACGAAUUCGAGUCCAUCUUUUUCUUCAUAUAUAUCCGGCGCAUCCCAAGACCACCUUCCUGUCAUCUGAAGAUCUGCUUAAAAUCCCUCCAAUCUGCUACAACCACUACUCGUCAGGUCGGGAGGUGAUCAUCCACAGCUCACUCCAUCCGGGUCGUUACAUCAUCAUCCCUUCAACCAGCGAGCCCAAUCAGCAUGGAGAGUUCCUGCUGAGGGUGCUGACAGAGCCUGGUAACUCUGCCACUCCAGCUCAAAAACCAACACCACAUGAUGUCUCCUUGAUAAAAGAGCCUUCUUAUCCUCACCAGGCCGCGCUGCCUUCACUCGUAUCCAUCAGACAGCUCUUUAACAAACAUAGCGACAAGAAAGGAUCCUGCAAACCUCUGAACCUCCACCGCCUCCUGUCCGAGGCCUUACAGGGAGGAGUGUUGGCCGGAAGUGAGAAAUACCUUUCUUUGGAGCACUGCAAGAGCCUGGUGGUCCUGAUGGACAGCCAUGGCAUCGCUCGACUGGACUGGGAUGACUUUGAGACUCUGUGGAACAAAAUCAGGAAGUGGACGGAUAUCUUCCUGGUCUAUGACACAAAUAAAACUCAUCACCUUGAGUACCGAGAGGUGGAGCCUGCCCUGAAGGCAGCAGGCAUCACGGUGAACGAUCUGUUGUUACAGCUAGUAGGACUGAGAUACACAGAGCCAGACCUGACCAUCAGCUACCCCGGCUUUCUGUACCUGCUCAUGAAGCUGGAGACCAUGAUCCACAAAUUUCAAGCGUACGACAUGAUGGGACAGGGAACCAUAACCAUCAGCUACAGCCAGUGGCUCCACAUGACGAUGUACAACUAGAGCAGACCUGGUCCAGCUGGACGGAUUCACCACAAUCUACUUUGCUUUUUUGCGCCAUGUUAUCGUUUUUAUUUUUUAGAAUCGCCACUGUGCUACCCAGAAUCGCCA